AUGGGCACUAAUGGUGAUGUAAAAUUUUCAGUGGACGAACAAAGUGAAGCAAUUCGUUGGGGUACAGUUGUUUAUCAAUGUUUUGGAAAAGAGAAUGUGAAGGAUGUCAAAAAAUUAGAAUGGGAUAAGAUAACGAGAAAAUUACCUGGCCAACAUGGUUAUGGUUUUUAUACAUCAUUUUAUUAUGAUGAAGAAGAAUCGGAACCAGAACAAUAUGAAACAAAUGGUUGGACCAAAUGA